AGUUUACUCCCAGCAACAUCAUCAUGACGUCAGCUUCCCCACGGCACGAAGAAGGAGAGGAGGAGGAAGAGAAGUCGAACUGCAUGAACGUUUCUGCUUUCUGGAGCUCCAUCGCGGACUGGGUCGGCGGCAUGUGCGUCGAACAACGCGAGGUAGGGGUGAAGAAUCGAUAUUAUUUUGAUGAAAGCAGCAAGACUUGGGAACUACGAGGAGGCGAGACCGAUGAGGAUCGCCGAGCCAAUCUUGCUAUUCAAACCGGCGCCCAAGGUGAGCUCCCUGGUGAACGACCAGCGUGGCGAACAGGAGAGCUCAGUAGCGACGAGAAGCUCAUGGCACCGCCUCCCACAGACGUUCCUGCUUGCACUCGGCAGUUUAAUCAGACGCCUUUGAAGAAAACGCCUGCUGAUGAUUUUCUACAGCAUCCUGUGUAUGCUCCAAAAACCUUCGCAGUGCGGGAGAAUCUUGCGGACCCGCGACCAGUUCACGACCUUCCUCCUAAGCCCAAGCCGACUGUUUACUCUAGUCCGUUUGGUGAAGUAUUAUAGUUGUUGUUUUAUAGUCCUUUCUAUUCUGACAUAAUUCGCUUUUGUAGUAAUCUUGUAUUCUCGUUGAGCUC